AUGUCGGAUCACAGCUCUAAUGCCUCAGAGGGGAGGGCAACGCCUCACAUCCGACUCAACUCGGGGAGACAGGAUCCUUUCCUUGAGACAGGCGAGGGCUACGCGCCUCUUACGUCGCGAACAUUCCCACGGCCCUUGACGCCAACGCCAACGCCACAGCGCCCCGAAACACCCACGCCGGCACGCGCUCGAGGGCUGUCGUCACCGUACUGUGCAAUCAAUGUCCCCGAGUCCUCGGAAUUUCUGUUGCCUCCAAAAUUGAGACCUACGCAGGGACGUGGUGUGAGUAAGAGUGAUCGGUCCCUAUCUCCAGACCGGUGGUCUGUGGCUCGUUCGAGUGUUAGCUCGAUUAGUCGUGAGAGCAGUUUCCCCUUGGAUCCGUUCCAGGAUUCGAAGGCUCCUUCACGUGCUGGUAGUGAGGAUUAUGAUGUCAACACGCAGACUGUGUCUGGGAAGUUCAAUAUCAUGCCCACUGAUGGACUGUUGUUGUUCCCUGAGGACGUGGAGAAGGAUGAUUACUUGCAUAAUCCAGACCCGGCGGACAAGGAUCGAGAUUGUGAUAUCUGGAAUCGUCGAGGUAUUUUGAAUGUCGGUGGUCUGGCGGUUUUCACAAUAGGUCUCCUGGUGCUUUUUAUUGGUUACCCGCUCAUAACUUGGUUGUCGGGCUUCGCAAAACAUCGUGUUGGUCCAUGUCAUCCAUCAGACACGUUGUGUUUGGAUGUCGGGGAGCGACCAUUGUUGGAAAACCUGCGUACGGGCUUGAUUGACCCAGACACACCGAAAGAGGCAUAUACAAAGAAAAAUGUCAAUGGGAAGGAGAUGAAGCUAGUGUUUUCCGACGAGUUUAACAUGCCCGGUCGAACCUUCUUUGAGGAUGAUGACCCAUUCUUCCAAGCAGUCGAUCUAUGGUAUGGAGUAACAGCGGACAAAGAGUGGUAUGACCCCGACGCAGUUACCACGUCGGAAGGCACCCUCCAGCUUCGCUUCGAUCAUUUUGAAAACCACGAUCUCCAAUACCGAUCUGGUAUGGUACAGAGCUGGAAUAAGCUCUGCUUCAAGGGCGGCCGUCUCGAAGCUAGCAUGUCCCUUCCAGGUGAUGGACACAUCCAAGGUUUCUGGCCUGGUUUCUGGGCAAUGGGUAACUUGGCUCGUCCUGGCUAUGCGGCCACCACCGAUGGCAUGUGGCCAUACAGCUAUCAUGAUGGCUGUGAUGCGGGAAUCACUCCGAACCAAAGUUCCCCCGAUGGUAUCAACUGGCUGCCUGGUAUGCGGUUACCCGGAUGUGCCUGUGCUGGCUCCGAUCACCCGACUCCCGGUAUUGCACGUAGUGCUCCUGAAAUCGAUGUGAUUGAAGGCAGCACUGCUCCACUGUAUGGUAACAGCGGUCCCUUCGUCGGCAGUGCGUCGCAGAGUUUGCAGACUGCACCAUUCGACCUGUGGUACCUGCCCGACUAUGACUUCGCCGCUGUUUACGACCCACGCGUCACGCAAAUUAACGCAUACCGAGGCGGCGUCUACCAACAGGCAAUGUCCGGCCUAACCAACCUCAAUACCCGGUGGUAUAACGGCACCGAAUUCCAAACCUACUCCUUCGAGUAUAAACCUGGCGCAAAAGGCGACGUGACCUGGUUCGUAGGUGCUGAAAAGACUUGGACACUGGAUGCCCGCGCCAUCGGACCCAAUGGUAAUGUUGGGCAACGCAUGAUCCCACUCGAGCCUAUGGCGCUGGUCAUGAAUAUGGGCAUGGCAGAUAACUUUGCGCCGCAGAAUGCAAGCAUCAUCGAUUAUAUGCCUGCUAUCCUGCGCUUCGACUACGUACGGAUCUAUCAGGACCCCGAUGAUGAGAGCGUUACUUGUGACCCGCCGGGCUAUGAGACGACUAAGUAUAUUGAGAAACAUCGCAAAGCGUAUGAUAAUGCGAACUUUACGACUUGGAACGAGGCUGGAUAUCAAUGGCCUCAAAACUCCUACAUGCACGACUGUCCGGCUAUUUAG